ACCCUUGGAUCUUGUCCACGCGACCCAGCCCGCAGUCGAACGGAAGAGAUAAGGGGAAGGAAAUAGGAGACGAAGAUCUGUUUCAUUCGCAAGCAACGCCACCGACCGCGCUACCAAGUGAGCGGACCCGCUUCCGGAGACCAGUUCCCGAAGUUCCCAGAGCAUUUCCCUUCGUGUCCGGCGAUCGGGCAACAGCGACGAUCGGUGUUGAUAUUUUUCUCGACGACCGAGAAUGAUGGGCUCAACGAUCGUAAUCCUCGUUUCGAUGACGACCAUGGCGAUGUUCUGCAACAACGUCUUAGCAGCUCUGCCCACCCAGUGUAAUCCCGGAUUCCUCGACGAACUCCCACCAAGGAUCCGCAAAGUCUGCGCUGCUCUUUCCAGGAUAUACGAGCUCGGCUCAGACAUAGAGAGUUACAUCGAUGACAAAGAAAGUCACAUAACAGGUUUCCACGAGAAUAUCCCGUUAUUGGACAGCGGUGUCAAGAGGCAGGACGUCGAUCACGUUUUCCUCCGCUUCGGAAGGCGUCAUUAAUCGGCCCGAGUCAAUUACGCUUUACAUUGAGAAGAUAUUGAACGAUUUACUUCUUAUCACUUGAUCGUCUCACUGUCGAGCUACGAAACGACACUUUCUUCGGAUUUAUUUUAGAUCUAACCGAACGAGAAUCGAUGAAUGUUUAAUGAGAAUGUUUCGCUGCUCCUAUAUCGAGCGUGCCGCGUUCGGCCGAGCGACGCCGAAAGGGUUCGUUUCCUCCUGCGAAUAAAUCCUUUAGCCAAAGCAGAAACAACUUGGGCCGACAGCGGUUAAUUCGUUUUGCGACUCGGUUACGAUACUUGUAAGGGACGGAACGUUCGAAUUCCAGCUAUCGCUAAUAAUAUUCUCUCUAAUCGAAAAUCCUUUGUUUCAAUGUAAAUUUGAAUGUCUAAAAGACUUUAUCUUUCCUAUAAUAUUAACGCAAGGAUGGUUUAAA